AUGCGCGGGCAUAUUCUCACCCUCCUAGUUCCCCUCGGGGCUUUUGCCAACUCGAGCAAACCGUUGAGGGCGAGACAGUCCACAACAACAGUAACCGUAAACUUGGACCAGACCUAUCAACAGAUUGAUGGUUUCGGAUGUUCUGAGGCUUUCCAGCGUGCCGUGCAAAUGUCAAAGCUGUCCGAGGACAAACAGCAGCAAGCGCUCGACCUUUUGUUUAGCAGGACUUCAGGUGCUGGGCUGUCGAUCCUACGUAAUGGAAUUGGAUCAUCUCCCGACAUGAGCUCCGAUCACAUGGUCAGCAUUGCGCCAAAAUCGCCCGGCAGCCCAUCCAAGCCGCUGAUCUACACCUGGGAUGGCAGCGACAACAAGCAGCUGUGGGUAUCCCAGGAGGCUGUCAAGCGCGGUGUGCGAACCAUCUACGCCGAUGCAUGGUCCGCGCCAGGAUAUAUGAAGACAAAUGGGAACGAUGCCAACGGCGGUAGCUUGUGCGGAGUCAGCGGUGCGACCUGCUCGAGUGGUGACUGGAGACAGGCGUAUGCGGAUUAUCUCGUGCAAUAUGUGAAGUUCUACGCGCAAGAAGGCGUCAAUAUUACGCAUCUUGGCUUCUUGAACGAGCCAGAUCUGACAACGAGCUACGCAUCCAUGCGAUCGUCAGGCACGCAAGCUUCCGAUUUCAUCAAGAUACUUGGCCCAACGCUGCAGAAAUCCAACCUCUCGCAUGUUGGGAUCAACUGUUGCGACACGGAAGGGUGGUCGAGCCAAGCUGGCAUGUUGGGCCAAUUAUCGUCUGUAGACCAGUAUCUUUCCACCAUCACAGCACAUGCAUAUACUUCUUCCCCAGGAUCACCCAUGAACACUAAGCACCCCGUGUGGCAGACCGAGGCGGCGGAUCUCAACGGGGCGUGGCAGGCUGCCUGGUACUCGAGUGGCGGCGCCGGCGAGGGGAUGACGUGGGCCAACAGCAUAUACACAGCUGUGGUAAAUGCCAACUGCUCAGCCUACCUAUACUGGAUCGGGGUUCAGGGUGGCAACACGAAUUCCAAACUCGUGCGUAUUGAUGGGAAUAAUGUCAUUCCGUCAAAACGGUUGUGGGCUUUUGGGCAAUGGAGCCGCUUCGUGCGGCCUGGCGCUGUCAGAGUCGGCGUUUCCGGUGCCAAAUCAGGGGUCAAGACCUCGGCCUUCCGGAAUACCGAUGGAGCGGUUGCGGUGCAGUUUAUCAACACGGGAUCAGCAUCAGCCGCACUGACGGUGAAAGCAAGUGGAGGAGACAGCUUCAAGGUCGGUAAUGCCACGGCAUACAUUACCGAUAACUCACAUGAUUUGGACGUUUUGGCUUCUUCGAUCAACGACGGAACAGCGAGUGUGAAUGUGCCGUCACGGUCGAUGGUAACGCUUGUCUUGCAAAAGCAAUAA